UUCAUCAUUUCAAUGAUGUGAAGGAUUCCGUAGAAUCAAUAAGAGAUUAGAAUCUAUUAAACAUGCCAAUAGUAAUACAUCGAUGGAAUUCAUCGCAUUAAAACCAGGAAUAAGAGAACAAAUACUGUGAUUACUGUGCUCCUCACUUUAAUUAUUUUCUAUUUUCUCCACAGUUUAGUCUAUUAAAACAAAAAAACCCUAUAGACAUUUAUGAAAAAGAAAAAAACAAGAAAAAGCACUAAAAGUAGUAACCUAAAAAUAAAAAUUUAAAAUAUAAAUAUAAAACAAUGUUUACUCUCGCGCUGUGCAAUUUUUCAUACUAGAAGGGAAAAUAAUUACUACAAAUUCUUCACUCAUUUAGAAAAUGGCUGGAUCAUCAUCAAGUUUAGAUGAAACCAUUCUAAAAAAAACCACGGAUAUAUCAUUAUUAAGAGAAAAAGUUUGUGGUUAUAACUGGAAUCAAGGCCUAAAUUAUGAUAAAUUAUUAAAUAGUUACUUAAGUAGUGGAUUUCAAGCUACAAAUUUUGGGUUAGCGGUUAAUGAAAUAAAUAAGAUGAUAAAAUGCAGGAAACUACCCAUACCCAAAGAUAAAUAUAUAGAUAAUGAAGAUGAGUUUACGAUUAUUAAAAAUAAUUGUACAAUCUUUCUAGGAUACACUUCCAAUUUAAUAUCGAGCGGUUUAAGAGAAACUAUCAAAUUUUUAGUUCAACAUAGCUUGUUGCAGGUAGAUUGCAUUGUCACUACUGCCGGAGGCAUCGAGGAGGACUUUAUAAAAUGCCUUGCACCCACAUUUUUGGGUGAUUUUAAAUUAGACGGAAAAAUGUUAAGAGAACGAGGGAUAAAUAGAAUUGGAAACUUAUUAGUGCCAAAUGAUAACUAUUGUCGUUUUGAAAACUGGAUUAUGCCGAUUCUAGACGAGAUGUUAAAGGAACAAAAGGAUGGCGUUCUUUGGACACCCAGUAAACUUAUAGAACGUUUGGGCAAAGAAAUUAACAAUGAAGAAAGUGUAUAUUAUUGGACAGCUAAAAAUAAAAUUCCAGUAUUUUGUCCAGCGCUUACCGAUGGAAGCAUAGGCGACAUGAUGUUUUUACAUUCAUUUAGAAAUCCUGGACUUGUAUUAGAUAUCGUAUCAGAUUUAAGAAGAUUAAAUUUAAUGGCCAUGAAAUCGGUUAAUACGGGAAUGAUUAUAUUAGGAGGAGGAGUAAUAAAACACCAUAUAUGCAAUGCAAAUUUAAUGAGAAACGGAGCAGAUUUUUCGGUGUAUCUGAACACAGCAUCGGAAUAUGAUGGAAGCGAUUCAGGUGCUCGUCCAGAUGAGGCAAAGUCAUGGGGAAAGAUAAAAAAAGAUGCAACACCUGUUAAAAUAUACGGUGAAGCUACUUUAAUUUUCCCACUAGUGGUAGCGCAGACUUUUGCUAAGGACUUCUUUAAAAACAAGGAAAAAUAAGAAGAAUAUCACGACAUGAAGCGGCAUAAAAAGGAAAGGACUGGAAGGGAUAAUUAGAUAUGUCGACAGUGUCAUAUUAAGGCUGAGGUAGCAACAAAUGUCAAUACGAUCCAAUAAAAUAUGUGUGAAAAGGAAAAUUUAUAUAAACCGAUGAAAAUUUUACCCUGUGACCAUACACUUUUAGCUAUUUAUUUAUAAACAAUUUUAUUCUAAAAACAAAUACAUUUUAACCAAUUACUAAAAUUAUGUUUUUGUCAUGAUGUUUUAACUUAAAGAAGACUACAUUUAUAAUAUCUGGCAAUUACAAAUAAAAUAUACUCGAUUAAGAAUCUAAAUAUCAUAUGCAAAUAUCAAAAGAAAUUUAACAUAAAUUUUUUUGCGGAUUUUUUUGUAAAUCAGUUCUAUACAUUCGACAUAAAAAAAAAAAUACUUCGAACAAAAGUUAUCAGGUUUCGAAGGGGUCAAAUUAUGGUGAUCUUGAAGUCAAUUAUCAAGGACAUUGAACUGGAAACCCACAUUUUUAUAAUAAAAAGGUUGACCUUAAAAUGACCUUGGUAAUUGACUUUAAAUUUAAUUUUAAGGUCGCGGUAAUUUGAUCCCCCGAAACCUGACAACUUUUGUUAGAAAUAUUUUUCUUGAGAUGUUAGCCUGAGAAUUAAAAUGGAACAGUAAAAGUAUAGCGCACUCUGGUGAGAACGAAGCAUGUUCAAAAAAAAUUUCAUACAAAAGUUACGUAUUUUUUCCCACAUAAUACGAAUCUGAAAUUAAAAAUAUGGAUAUCCAUAUAAAAAAUUAAGGUUGACCUUGAAAUGACCUUGGUAAUUGACUUCAAGGUCACCAUAAUUUGUCCUCUUGAAACCUGAUAAUUUUUGUCCGAAAUUUUUUUUUGUUGAAUUAAAAAAAUGGCCUGGUACAUUAAAAUGGGACACCCUGUAUAUAUAUAAAAAAACAUCUUCCCAUACAGUAGUGUACUUUAUAUAUUUUUUUAUGUAUAAAAUUUAUUUAGCAACAAGUAUUUUUUUGGUGUAUGAGCAUCUCCGAGAUUAAUUUCGAACAUUAAGUUGUACAAUUUUAAAUCCAUUCGCACAGUUAAAAUGUAACUAAUAAUAUAAUUUUUUUAAGAAUUCACAAAAAAAUUGACUGCAGCUUCAUUUCCUCUACUUAUACCGGGUGUGCCAUUUUAAUUGAUACACGUAAAUAUCUCGUUAGAGAAGGCAUUAAUCGAAAAACGGCCUAAAGUAAAAGUUGCUCAGUUCACUGGGGGAAACCAGCUGCUUACCUAGGAUUUGACCUAGACAGUCAACUUCGGAAUUUUAAAUGGGACCCCUUAUUUUUAACCUUGAAAAUUGAUUCCGCAGAAAAUUUUACAUCCGGGUGUGAUCAUAACUUUGACCUUGAGGUCAAGGUCACGAGUUUAAAUGAUUCGUCACCCUUGAAGCAACCUCGGAAUAAGAUGUUGACCUCCAGAAUCAAUAGGAUUUGUCCUUGACCUCCUCUUUCUCAAGGUCAUUUGAAGGUCGACUAUAACUAUUAAGAAAAAAUAAUGCUACGAACGAGUGAAGGAAGAAUGAUAAAAAUAUCUUGUUACUCAACGAAGGUAUAACUUGGCUUGAGAAUUGAAAAAUGAGAUAUCUGAGUACGUUACAAAGUAAAACUGACAAAGAAAACAAAGUGAAGCUUCAAAUUCAAUCCCGAACAUCUUUCGCAACAUUUGUAGAGGUGAAGGUCGAUUUUUAUAGUCGACCUUCAAAUGACCUUGACAAAGUGGACGUCAAGGACGAAUCGAAGGUCGCGAUUGAGUACCUUGAUGUAAAUCCCAUCGAUUCUGGAGGUCAACAUCUUAUUCCGAGGCUGCUUCAAGGGUGACGAAUCAUUUAAACCCGUUGUGACCUUGACCUCAAGGUCAAAGUUGUGAUCACAUCCGGAUGUAAAAUUUUCUGCUGAGUCCAUUUCCAAGGUUAAAAAUAGGGAGUUCCAUUUAAAAUUACGAAGUUGACCUUCAAAGUGAAGUCAAGGUCAAAUCCUAGGUAAGCAUCUGGUUUCCCCCAGUGAACUGAACAACUUUUACUGUAGGCCAUUUUUCGAUUGAUGGCUUCUUUUAAAAUGGG